CCGGCCCUUUGUACGUCCCGGUCCGGCCCGCGUGAGGCCAAUCAUAAACACCAUAAAUUAAACUUUUUUUUAAACUUUUAUUUUGAAAUUUUAUUUUGAAAAGCGUUACGUCGCUACGUAUGCACGUCGUAGACGUAGCACCUUCACUCGCGUAUACACGUGUGUGAGUGAAGGUGAUGCUGUUCGCGAGGUUAUCCCCAAGAUGUCGGCACACCCCAAGAAAAGAAAAGUUGAUAACGAAUGCCGUAUUUUCAACAAAACAUGGACUUCCAAAUAUUUCUUUACAGAAAGUAAAGGCAAAGCAGUGUGCUUAGUCUGUGGUACACAGGUUGCUGUGUUUAAAGAAUAUAAUUUGAAUCGCCACUACACCACCAAGCAUGAAGAUAAAUACAGAAAUCUGUCUGGUGAAGAGCGUGCAAGGGAGUCUGAUGCAUUGCUUGCAAAACUACAAACCCAACAAGGAUUUUUCACUAAACUUCACACUCCCAGAGAUGCAGCCGUCAGGACAAGUUAUGUCAUUUCUCACAAAAUCGGCAGAAAAAGUAAGGCGUUUUCCGACGGAGAGUUUAUUAAGGAGUGUUUAUUGGACUCUGCUGCGCUGAUGUGCCCAGAGAAAAAAGGCGCAUUUGAGAACGUUUCACUCUCCCGACGCACUGUAACGAGGCGGAUUGAGGACAUCGCGGGGAACUUAGAGCUUCAGCUGAAGAACAGAGCGGCCGACUUUGACUAUUUUUCUCUGGCUUUGGAUGAGAGCUGCGAUGUACGUGACACUGCCCAGCUGCUCAUCUUCUUACGUGGGAUAACCGCAGACUUUCAAAUCACGGAGGAGUUGGCAGCCAUGCAGUCAAUUAAAGGGACAACCACCGGUAAUGACUUGUUCAGAGAGUGUGGAUGAUGCACCAAGUGAAGUUCAGAUGGAACUCAUUGAUCUGCAGUCUGACACACAUCUGGCAGAUCACUUCAAGUCAGUCUCACUUCUGGACUUUUACUCCGCCCUCAAAGAGGAGAACUUUCCACACCUGAGGAGGCAUGCUCAGAGGAUCCUAGUCCUCUUUGGAUCUACCUAUCAAUGUGAACAGACAUUCUCAGUUAUGAAGUUCAACAAAUCCAAACACAGAUCCUCAAUGACUGAUGACCACCUCUCAGCUGUCCUUCGCAUAGCCACUUCAGACAUUCCGCCAGAUUUCAAUGCCCUUGUUCAAGCCCAGAACAGACUGGAUUAUUCUCACUGAAGAGGUAACAUGAGGUGGAAAGCAUUACAAGUUAUUGUUUGUGGAGAUUAACAAGUUAAAAAAUAAAUUGCACUGGUUCAAUAAUUGUUUUUCUUAUUUAACCAAUAGACCACAGUUUCACAUAACCUAAUAUACAUAUUUACAGAGUGCUUUAUUCUUCUGAUUAUCAGUACCAGCUAUUCAAAAUAUUUAAUUUAAGUAUUUUACAAUGAAAGAAAGUUGGUGGCCCUCUGACACAAUUCAGGCUUCUCAUGCGGCCCCUGAUAAAAAUUAA